GUUUUAUUUUUGUUUAGUUUUUUGUUGACUCAACAAAUUAUUCAUUUUUCUCUCGUUAUUCAGCAAAUUUUUUUGGUUUUCUAUGUUCGAAAAUGGCUUCUAAUUUAGUGGAAAAGGAAGAUUUAUUGAUUCAAAUACGCGAUAAAUUACGUAAAGAUAAUAUUAAAUUGUGGUUGCUUCCUUAUUAUAGUGAAACCGAUGGAGUUUCUGAGGCAAAUAUUAUUAAUUUAAGUAAAACCAUCGGCGAAUCAUUGAAAAGCCCACCAGAACAAUGCCGCCUAAUAAUAAAGGAGCUGCAAACCAACUCCCUGGAAAAUUUAAAACAGAAAACCCGCUUCCAAGAGUCCGGCCUUGCGACCCUAAAAAUAAAAAUCGUCGACCGAGGAAAACCCGCCAGAAUGCUCAUCAAAGAACUGAUGCUCACUUGUAGAGGUUCUGACUUGAAGGAAAUCAUUUGCCAAGAAAUUUCAGUAGCUGCAGAUAUGUUGAAAUUAAUAUGUGCAGGGCGAGUUUUGAACAAUUCAGACCCUCUAGCUAAACAGGGGGUGAAACACGGCCAGCAAAUAUUGGCCAUAAUUCUUACAGAGACCCCUCAGCAAGUGGAAAUGCAAGAAAAUCAAAUUAAAGAAUUGGAAACUGUUAAGGUUGAUUCACAAUUGCUUGCAACCGAUGAACAAUAUAUUAGGUUGGAAGAUCAAGUUGGCAAUCAAAUACAAAUCCCUCCAGCUGAAAAAACAGCCCUUAUCGUUGCAAUAACCCUUCACGAAAAAGGCCGCUCUGCAUUGAAACGUCAAGAUUUUCCAACGGCCCUGAUUUACUUCCUCGAGGCCGAUCAGCAAUUCAAAAAUUGCAAUUCAAGUUUGUUGAAAUUUGUAGACAACUACGCUUUGCUUGAUUUGGAUGUUGCCUGGUGUUACUUGUGCCUGCAAAGUUUCACUCAACUUCCCGAAGCUGAAGCACGAUUGAGGAGGUGCGAGCAAACUUUCAGGCAAACUUACGGGACGAAUAUGGAAAGGUUGAUUGCGCUUAAAGGCAGUUCUGGAAGCGAGGCUUGUCUUUUGGCCAGGCUGCAUUUAUUGCAGGCGGUCGUUUUGUAUCAUCAGAAUAAACGGGCCGAGUCUUUGUCUUUGUUGAAGAGCGUCCAGAUUGAAUUGGCGCAUUUGAAGGUGGAUGAGAAUUGUGUUGCGGCUUUGGAGGAAUUGGGUUAUACAACUGCUGAAGCCAGACUAGGACUCAGAGCGACCAAAGGCGACGUCAACAGGGCUGCCAAUUACAUCAACGAAAAUAGGCAAAAAAGAUAUGAAGCUAGAAAAAAAGCUCUUGCCCAGAAGAUUCUAGAAAAAGUAAGGAAAAAAUUGGGCAAAUGCGCCGACGGUCAACAAUACGUCGACCCAAACUUUUUAAACAUUUUAGUCAACAUGGGCUACAACAAAGAAAUCGCUCGAAUUGCUUUGAAAAUGUCCAAUAAUGUCAUAUCGGACAGUAUUCAAUAUAUCCAAGAGAAUCCUACUCCAGGCCCCAGUCAUUCUAGAAGUUUAGAGUUCAGAUCUCUUAUAGAAGAUUUAAUUCCUCAAUUAGUUGAAGCCGGUUUCGAUCCUAGGAUGGCAAAAAUAGCCUUGCAAAAACACCAAGGCGACAUUGUACGUUCUGCUGAAGAACUAUUGGCCAAUAACGGUGUAGUUUUAGGGGAUUUGUCGCAAUUUGAUGUUCAUGUAGAAAGUGUAGAAGAAAUCAGGAAAAAAAGGAAAGAGGAAAAAGAGAAAAAGGAAAAAGCCUUUGAAAGGCUAAAAGACGAUAUUCCGAUGGUUGACGAUGAUCAUUUGGAUAUAAAUUUGGUACAAGAAGAGAUGUUUUUGAAUGAGUAUUUGUCAUUGUUGGAAAAAUAAAUCACAAAAACUAACCCAUUAUUUUAAUUCAUAAUCUUAUAUUAUUAUGUGUUUGUUUAAUUAUUAUUUAUCCAUCUAUAUAUUAUAUACCUACAGUAUUAAAUAAUAUUUAGGAUUAAGAUGUUUUAAACCAUUUGUAAAGGUUUUCAAUUAAGUUUCAAUGGAUGUUCUACAGGGUGUAUUCUUUUUCCAAGAAAUUUAAAUAAAAAAAGUGCCUUGUUUUCUUGGAAAUUGUUCUUUUAAUGGGAAGACUAUUGUUUAAUAUAAAAUAAGUCAUAGAGAUAGCUGAAAAUUUUAGGCUAUCCUUUUGUAAUGUAUAUAAUUUCACUGUGAAAUGAAUUCUGUACUACUUCUUUCUUCAGUGGUGGGUAGGUUAAUAAAACAAAUAAGAACACAAUGGGGAUUUCUGAUCUGAAAGGAAAGUCAAGAUUAUUAUGCAACUAAACUGCUGGACAAUUGUUCUCGAACAGAAGAAAAAUUUUGCCUAACUUCCAAGCUCGAUAUUUUUGGAACCAAAACAUCAACUUCUGGUUUCCAUUCACAAUUUUUUUCACAAAAAGUCAAUGUGUUGGCCCGUAAUAACCGGAGGUGGAUAUUCCGAGAGAUGAUUUUCAGAAGUUUGACGGCUGGCAAGGAAUUUUCGUUUUGAGGGAUGAUAAAGCAUCCCUGGAACAAGCAUAUUUUCAAAUUUGAACGUGAAACACCAUAUAAGUGUCUGAGGAAAAAAUAAGAAAAUAUGAAAAUUUCAAUUUUUUUUUUUCCGAGAGAUGAUUUUCGUAAGUUUGACGGCUGGCAAGGAAUUUUCCUUUUGAGGGAUAAUAAAGCAUCCCUUGAACAAGCAUAUUUUCAAAUUUGAACAUGAAACACCAUAUAAGUGUAUGAAGACAAAAUAAGAAGAUAUGAAAUUUUCAAUGGUAUUUUUUUUUUUCCGAGAAAUGAUUUUCGUAAGUUUGACGGCUGGCAAGGAAUUUUCCUUUUGAGGGAUGAUAAAGCAUCCCUUGAACAAGCAUAUUUUCAAAUUUGAACGUGAAACACCAUAUAAGUGUCUGAAGAAAAAAUAAGAAAAUAUGAAAUUUUCAAUAUUUUUGCCUGUCAGACUCCUCGAAGGUUUAGCGCCUGGUUUUAUUGCUAUAUUUCUUCGGUGGCCCGACUAUAGUUAUUUGGCGCCAUUGGCGAGAGGGCAUGUGGUGGCUGUUAUUUGUACGAUGGUUCAGAAGGGAUAUGACUAUGUUUCAUUGUAUUAAAUCUCGCACUGCCAGAUUCAAAUACGCACUGAUAGAUUUAAUCUCGCACUGCUAGAUUUAAAGACGCACUGACAGAUUUAUUCUUGCACACUGUCAGAUUUUAAGACGCACUGCCAGAUUUAAAU